AUGAUGCAGAACAUGAUUCCCAAGUCACUGAGACCCAUGAAAUUCUACUUCACUACUGUGUACCAAGAAAUCUGGGUUGGUGUGGCACUAACAGCUUAUGUCUACUACAAACUUUCCUUUGGGG